AUGUCUGACGACUUGUCGUCAGAUUCAGAGUCCGAUUCAUCUGAAACCUUCCUCCGAGGCAGCGAGAAUUGGUCCUUGUCCAAGGACGCCCUACUCCUUCCCCUGUACAAGAUUGGCUGGGAAGAGGGUGGCGAGGCCAGUCGGGAGGGCGACCUCACGAUCGCGGAGGCCAUCAUUAACCCUUGCAAGGCUAGUCCCCUCAACCUCAUCUCCGGCCUGACCGGAGGAGCCAAUAUGAUCAGCUGUGGGGAGCGAUGGGGAGCAGUGGGGAGCAGUGUAGCUGCCAACGGCGGGGGCAUGUAG